AUGCCAGCACAAGAUAACAAGAAAGGCGCCAAGGGCAACCCGUCGUUCCCGGCCUCUGCCGGAGCUAAUGCGAAAAAGCGGCAUAGGGGCAAGCGCGGGAAGGAAAAUGGCCAGAACGGAACAACCAGCCAAAUUUACAUGCCAAGAAAGCCGAGAGAACUAAAAAUUCCAAGAGCGCAGUGGAAUAAGGUUUCGACUAAGCAAGAGGAAAUAGAAAAGCUGAAGGAGGUAAAGGCGAAGAAAGCUAGGAAGACCGCCACCGCACCCAAGAACAACCCUCGGGGUGGAGAAGAGGCCAAGACGACCAGUGUCGAGGUGGCUGUAUCUGCUGCGGGCUUAAAGAAACGCAAGGAAGAGCUCGAUGCACGCGAACAAGAUCCUAUUCAGCAGUCCUACGCAUACGACAAGAAGGAGAAAGAAGAUGCUAGCAAGAAGGCGACAAAGAAGCUUGAGGAUCGCAAGCUGAAGGCGGAAGCCAAGGCGGAUAGAGCUGCUGCUAAAGUGGCUAAGCGAAUGGAGAGGGUGGAACGCAGACAGCAGGCCAACAAGGAGGGAGAUUUCAUUGUCUUGAAGCCUGUCUUCGCUGGUAUCAGCAAGAAGAAGGCAGGCUCGAAAUCAAAGGUUCCGUUGAAGCUAUCACGCCUAUCUGCCGAUCAAGAAUCCGGAGACAAGGAGGGAGAAGAAGGGGACGAGGCUGUCGAUGACUCAGAGCCAUGUGCCAGACCAAAAUUAUCAUACUCUGUGGAUGGAUCGCCUACCGUUGUAAGGAACCAAGAUGAUGAGAACGAGGUCAACGAUGAAACCAUGGAGCCAUUAAAGUUCAGCACCAGCUCCGCAACCGCAGCCCCAGUGUCUUCUGCUCCGGCCCUCUCAACCGCCGUUCGUCCGGAGACAAAAUGCACAGCCACCGAAUCAUUCGACCUCACCACCAUAGACCUCACAGAGGACUUCACAGGAAUCACAGGAAUCCCCAUCAAGCGAUACACCGAGGCCCGAAAGUACCUCGACGAGCGCAAGCAACUGGCAGCUGAGAUGAAGAAGAUGGCCGAGAAACUCAAGAAGCUUUCGGCGAGAGAAGCCUUCAUCGAGGCGCGGAUCUCAGAUAUGAGACGUCCUGUCACUGCCACCAACGGCAAACUCUCUUGUAAGCGAGACAAAAAAUGCGAGCCCAUUCCUCUCAGCCGAGUCGCCCUUUCUAAGUCUACCCUCUCCGCUUCAUGGACUCUCAAACGAACGAACGGAUAG